UCACACGUGGCUAAACUGGCUUUGUUGUUUGUCGCGAGCUGCUGUCUCCAGUCCGCCGUCGCCACAAGUAUCCACUGCUGUUCGUUUUUCGUCUUUAAAGUUGGUCCUCGGACACGCCUGAGCUGCUUUUGUGUCCUUUAAACGUCCAGCAAGAUGCCGUCCGACAGAGCCUUCAAGCAAAGGAGGACUUUUGCUGAGCGCUGCAAAGAAGUUGAGCAGAUCCGAGAGCAGCAUCCCAACAAGAUACCAGUGAUCAUCGAGCGCUACAAGGGCGAGAAGCAACUUCCUGUUUUGGACAAGACCAAGUUCCUGGUGCCGGACCACGUAAACAUGAGCGAGCUGGUCAAGAUCAUCAGGCGUCGUCUGCAGCUGAACCCCACCCAGGCCUUCUUCCUGCUGGUCAACCAGCACAGUAUGGUUUCCGUGGCAACGCCCAUCUCCGAGAUCUACGAGCAGGAGCGAGACGAUGACGGCUUCCUUUAUAUGGUGUACGCCUCGCAGGAGACAUUUGGAUGCUAGGAAGGGGUCUAAGGGGAAGGCAAAAGAACAACCGUACCCCUGCCCCCAUCCAAUGCAGUCUGUGUUGGUCUUUUUUUCUGUCGGUAACACUACCCCACCAUAAUCCCCCACCCCAGCAGUGCAACUUUUAUUCUCUUAACACUUAUUUAAUAUUUUAUUUUGAAAGGCUAGCUUGAGUCUAGUUUGUCUUCUAUCAAUUGUUAGCAAGCCUUAGCGCUCAUGCUAACAGCACACGUGCAAUAUUUACAAUAUUGGACCCUUUCCAGCACCUUCCUGCUUGCUAGCAAACAUGUAACACUUUAGGAUUAGCACACUGUAGGGAAGCACAACAUUCAAAACCGAUUUGUUUUUUAGUUCUCCAAGGGUAAACAAACAGUCCCUGCAAUCUGCCAGCCGGCCACCAGGGCUGUCAAUCAAACUGCUUGCUUUCAAAGAUGCUAAGCAAACAUCCGCCCCGUGUCGUCCUUCACUAAACUAAAACAUGGCGACGCUUCCUGUUGACGACAAACAAGCUUCUUUUGCACAUCGCUUUUUUAGAAACAGCUUUCAUGACAGCGCAUGAUUCUUACUUUUGUAAAAGAAAAACUGUACGCCAGUAGUCGUUCUUUCCAAAUCUCCAAACCAAAAAGUGGAAAAAAAUGUUGUGUGUAUGUGUGAGAGACAGCGUGUGAGUGUUACGUCAUGAAGUUGUAUUUAAGUGUGUAAAUAGAUGUGUUGUUAUGACGUCACCAAACUUGCCAAAAAUUAAAGCGGAAGAAAAAAAUGCUUGUCAUUCUUGAUGCUGGCCAGCAGGAGGCAGCAGCCUUCCUUCCUAUCUGCGCGUUUCAUAGUUAAACACAAACGGUGGAGAAGGUUGACGUUUUACGCAUCAAACCUCGACAACAAAUAUGGAUCAUGAUGUAUCCGAAUGUUCUUUAUGGGCCCUAGGAGGACAACUGACUGUUCCAGUAGACCUCAACAGUUAAAUGAGUCCAUAGAAUUUGUGGUGUGAGGUCAAGUGACUUGUGCAGGAAGUCAAGCAGGAGGUGGAGUGGAGUGCCAUGAAGACCCCUUCAUGGAAGAAGCUGAGUUGUGUCAUUCAACCAACCAGACUGAAUGGAAGGUCUGCUCAAGCCGCCAGCAGUCAUUCCUUGCCAGGUCCACUUUGUUUAUAAUCUAGAAUAUCGUUCAGUGUUUCCAACAGGACUGCAAUCUAUCUGUGGUAGAAGACUUCAUGAUCUAAUAUGCAUAAUUGGCAAUGAUGCACGUACAUGUCAUGUUUAUGGACGCUGUUGGAGACGACACAUGAAAAGCAAAACAAAGACAGCAUGAUUAUUGCACAGGUGUGCCAUAGUGCCUUAGGUUGGCCACUUCAAAAUGUUCUGGAGUAGCCGGAGGGAUCGGUCAAUGGGGCUUUUUUGUGCUCUAGGGAGCUGAAAGGGUGGGAAAUUUAGCAAAAAAAAUUAAAAUCAAUUUUACUACGUAUCUCUACUUAACGUAUAAUUAAGCCUGAUCUUUGACAUAGUCUCAGCCCGCUAACAUUUAUUAUAUGGAAAAUACCCAAUUGUUUGUAUUUUUCUCACCAAAACAGUGACAUAAUUAAAUCAAAUGGGCAUUUAGAGAGUUAAAAUAAUAUUAACGCAAGUUGAUUGAGAGAUCCAAGCAAAAAAAGAAAAAAGAAAAAAAAAUCUGUGUUUUAUCACAGUUUUUGGCAGUAUACUUAUUUUUGCGAUGGGAAAUUAAAGGGACCCCAGCGAGUUAAACUAGUACAGUAGUCCCUCGUUUAUGGCGGUUAAUUGCUUCCAGACACGACUGUGGCAAGUGAAUUUCCACCAUGUAAGAUUCCUUAUUUAUAAAUGUAAUAUUUUGGUAGUUUAGAGCAUAGAAUCCCAGUUUAAAACAUUUUAAUACACUUUUUAACAUUAUUAGAGCACUCUAGACAUUAAAUAACACCCCUAUAGUCACCUUUACAUUCCUAUUACCUGAUAUAGGAGACAUAAGAGAAAACAAGGGAAGUGCUCAUGUGCGUUGCUGUAAAUGUGUUCCGGUGGGGCAGACAGGAAGUGAUAUCGGGGGAUCGGAGUUGAGUUUUAGCUUGGCAUAGGUUACAGCCCAACAGUAGCCCGUGUUAGGGAUUAUUAUGCCUGUUGUGAGAGCAUUCAAAGC